GAGAAAAUUUUUCAGUCUGGCAGAGUUUACUGAGCGCGCAGCAAAGCGUGCACAGGAGGGUUGUGUGUUUUUCUUGGGAGUUAAAACAUUGUUAUUAUAUAUGUUUUUGCUUUUUUUAAAGUACACCUAAAGGAUUAAAGCAUAAAAAGGGACUUGACAAGUGUGGAGAUCUCCCCUGUGAGAGCGAGCGAGAGAGAGGACGUGUCUUCCUCCAUUGUUUCUUUAUUUGAUUUGUCUACCCACACUGUUGAUCCCACAACAUGGACAGCUUUUACGAUCAACAGGUCCCCUUUGUGGUGCCACACAAUAAAUGCCACGCCAAGGAAACACCAUGCAAGCCACUAAGUGACAGGAAGAGGAAAUUCAUGGACAGUGAGCUCGCUCAGGACACUGAAGAGCUGUUUCAGGACCUGAGUCAGCUACAAGAAAUAUGGAUAGCUGAAGCUCAAGUACCCGAUGAACAGUUUGUUCCAGAUUUCCAGGAUAACUUGAUGUUCCAUGGCCCGCCUCAAACCAAAGUGAAGAGGGAAACCAGUCCGAGCAGAGACUUCUCCCCCUGUGGACAAGAUCAGAGACUCUCACCGUAUGGAGAGAAAUGCCUUUAUAAUUACAGUGCCUAUGAAAGGAAGCCAUUUGGAUUCGCUAAACCCCUGACCUCGCCUCCUACCCCGGUAUCACCUUGCAGCUCCACCCAUAAUACAGGGACACAUCCCCUGCAGAAAAAACAUCCAGUUCAUACUCAAACACAGGGGCUACCAGCCUUGACCGGCCACACUCAUCAGAGGAUACAGAGCACAGUUUCCAGCCAAUGUCCUUCUUUUGCUGUGCCCCGCCCACCUGUCAGUCACCCAGAUACCUCCUACAAUGCAGAUCACAGAUUCCACAGGCAGCUGUCAGAGCCAUGUCUGGCCUUCCCACAACCUGAUGCCCACUCUGUGACUUCAUACCCACCACAGAGCACCAACCACUUUCCACGGGACAAUCGGCCACAAUACCACCGCCAAAUGUCUGAGCCAGUGAUCCCACUUCCUCCACGGGGGUUUAAGCAAGAAAUGGUGGAUCCUCGGUACCCGGAACAGGGUGCCUCUAAUAUUGCAGGCAAUUGCGUCCCAUCAUUCCAUCAGAUGUCCAUCAAACAAGAGCCCAGAGAAUUUGGCAUUGACUCUGAGAUCCAGAACUGCCAGUCGUCCUUUGGGAAGUCAUCAAAUUUCUAUCAACCCAACAAUGAAGGGUUCAUGUAUGAUGGAGAGCCUCACCUCUAUUACGAAGAUGCUUGUGUGGUGCCUGAGCGGCUUGACGGAAAGAGCAAACAGGAAGGAGUGGGUUUUAGGGAGGGGCCUCCAUACCAGAGACGAGGCUCCCUACAGCUCUGGCAAUUUUUGGUCACGCUAUUGGAUGAUCCAUCCAACAGCCACUUUAUUGCAUGGACUGGCCGUGGGCUUGAGUUUAAACUCAUUGAACCUGAGGAGGUGGCCAGGCGCUGGGGAAUCCAGAAGAACAGGCCUGCCAUGAACUAUGAUAAGCUGAGUCGAUCUCUCCGCUACUACUACGAGAAGGGCAUCAUGCAGAAGGUAAAGGUGGCAGGUGAAAGGUACGUGUACAAGUUUGUAUGUGACCCAGAAGCUCUCUUCUCCAUGGCCUUUCCCGAUAACCAGAGGCCGAGCCUAAAAGCAGACCCUGAUGGUAUGCAGGUCCCUGAGGAUGACACCGUUCCUCUCUCCCACUACGAUGAAGCCAGCAGAGCCUCUUAUGUAGAAGGCAGGGAUCAGAGCUUGACAGGGCUGUCUUUCCCUGACAGCUACGCUUUCUGAACUGCUUUCGUCUCACAUUGGACUCCCUCUGCCCCUCUGGCCACUGAGAAGGACCAAACAAAUCCACAUCUACACACUUGAUUUCAAUGAUUUCCUCCUUACACAUGAAGCUGAAUUACUGCCAUGUAUAAAUAUAUAAACAAACAUGCUUGCUUUUCUUUUUCGACAUAAUUUUCCUGUCCUUCCAUAUUCAUGAGCUGUUUUCAGCAAACAUGUGCAUUCUCUACUGUAAUGCACAUGCUAAAUGGUCUUGUGGGCUUUUUUUAAAUCAGUAAAAUGGCCUCUACAGUAUUUUUAAACCAGCUUCAGGUUUUCUAUGUAUAAAUCUCUUAAGUGAAUAAUCCUAAGCUUUUGUGCACUGUUUCUUGUGUAGAACUUGCAGUGGAUUUUUCAGCUCUGUGCUUAAAUAAGAUUUCUAAAAUUCUCUGCCAUCUUUUAAUGAUACAAAAUUCUGAAUUUAUUAAAAGAAUUUAAAAAGUAUGUAACUUUGUUUUAACAAAUGUUUUGCAUAUUAUUACAGCCACUCGAGUACACAUGCUUUUUCUAUGGCCCGAAAUAAAGUGCAAGCGUUUCUGCUUUUGUAGGAAUGUUGAAAAAGUAAAAUCUAUGUAUAAUUAUAUAAGUAUAUUUUUGCAAAGCCUGUAUUUGUUUCCAUUGUUGUACAAGCUAUAUAUCAGAUCUUUCUUGCUCUAAUAUCUGUUAAAUUUACAUGGUGGAAACUUGGGCUGUCUAAACAGACAGGUUUUCUUUCUUUUUUUUUUUUUUUCCCCUUUUUUUUUAAACUUAAUCUCUGGGGGAUUUGAAUUCCUGCAGUAAAAAAAAAUCUUGUCCAAAUGGACAAACGUGGAUUUAAGAGAUCUGUAUCGGACAAUCUAAUAAUAUAAGCAUGGCAGUAGUUGUCUAAAGGUAGCUCAGUGUAUGGGUUUUGUGCUUAAUCUCAUGUUACAGAGAUGUUCCACUAACUGUUGAGCUACAGAACUUUGGACUUAUAAUGGUAUAAUUUAGCAGUGGCUCUUACUCAGUAGUAUGUGAACCAUCAGGUCUGUAACAUUGGAUUUAUGGGUAACCUUUACAUACAUUGUUAAGCUUUAUAAUCUGUACUGGGUACAAUAAACUUUUUUCUGCUUCA